CAAAGACGUGCAAUGUCCAAUCCGAACGUACAAUGACUGUUUCAUUAUCUCUCCCCCUAGAUAUUUUCAAUGUACUUGGACUAUAGCAUCACUCCGUCGAUCCUAGUGUAUAUAUUUUAGACUAGGCCUUCCAGGAGCUUAUUUUGGAUUGUUCGCUUGAUCCUGUGGGUCUUCGACAGAUGUCCUGUAACACUUGUGGCCCUUUCUACAGAUUUGAGCAGUAUCCUCGUUGAUUGUCUCGUAGUUUUCACAGCCCCUUUAAAACCAAGGCAGCUAUCGCUCUCGAGAGCAGUGGAUUGAAUAUCUGUAAGUUUUGAUAGCAGUACUUGGCUAUUGAACUUUAGAAUGGAGCUGGAUCAAGUCUAGAAAUCGAUCCCAUAGUCAUCUGAGUUAAGGUCCAAAUUUCACAUUUUUGGAGGAAAUCCAGUCCAAAAAUUGAAAUUGAUUUUGAGGCUCGACUCACUCCUCGUCCAGGAAAUCAAGAGCAACAUCGAGAGGUGAUCGAACAGAGGGUCGAUCGAUGGCCGAGUCUACUCCACUUCUGAAGGCAUCUGAUUUGCCACUGAAGGAGAUCCCUGGAAGCUAUGGACCGGUUUUCUGGGGCGCGUUCAAAGAUAAAAUGGACUUCUACUGGAGAGAAGGAACUCCAAAGUUUUAUGAAACCCGAAGGGACAAGUACAAAAGCACUGUCUACCGAACGAAUGUGGCGCCAGGACCACCAGGAUUUUCCAAUCCGCAAGUGGUGAUGCUGUUGGAUCAGAAGAGCUAUCCCAUCCUCUUCGACGUCAGCAAAGUGGAAAAGAGAGAUGUAUUCACAGGGACUUACAUGCCCAGCACCAAGUAUAACGGGGGAUACAGAAUCCUGCCCUACUUAGACCCGUCCGAGGAGAAGCACACCAAGACCAAAGAGUUCUGUUUCGAUGUGCUGAAAUUGAGUGUCCCUCGUAUACUUCCCUCGUUCCAUUCUGCUAUUUCCGAAUGCUUCAAUAGCUGGGAAGCUGCUCUGGCAAAAUCAGGUAAAGUGAAUUUCGCCACUGCUCUAACGCCGGCCACUUUCAAAUUCAAUGUCAAAGCUUUCAUAGGACGCGAUCCAACUGAGGCUGGCACCAACAGCUUAGGCACCUCGGGUCCGACUUAUACACAGCUCUGGCAGUUCCCCCAGAUUGCUCCUAUCCUCGUCGUUCCAGUUCCUAAGAUACUGAUACCCUUGGCUGAGGUUGUGGUGCACACCUUCCCAAUCCCGUUCCUCUUCGUGAAAUACUUCUACGGGAAGCUGACCAAGUUUUUCCAAACUUACGCCACCGAGCUUCUGGACCUUGCGGAGAGUAAACACGGUCUCGGACGGGAGGAAGCUACCCACAAUCUGCUGUUCUACACCUUAUUCAACUCAUGGGGAGGGAUCAACAUUUUCUUCCCGGGAAUGCUGAAGAGACUCGGAGCCUUGAGCCCAGAGGAGCAGCUCGAGGUAGCGAACGAUGUGAGAAAGGCCAUCAGUGCGGAAGGAGGACUGACCCUGAAAGCCCUGAGUCAGAUGACGCUGGUGACAUCUCUGGUCUACGAAGCACUUCGCAUCGACCCGCCGGUGCCGUUCCAGUACGCUCACGCGAAGAUGGAUUUGGUCAUCGAGUCGCACGAUUCUUCGUUCAGCGUGAAGAAGGGAGAGAUGCUGGCAGGCUACAUGCCUCUGGCAUGCAAGGAUCCCGUAGUCUUCAAGGAGCCCGACACGUUCCUCCCCAAGAGGUUCAUGGGAGACGGCUCCAAGCUCUUGAAGUACGUUCUCUGGUCGAAUGGGCCUCAAACAGAGGAGCCAUCGACGAGCAAUAAACACUGCGCAGGCAAGGACUUCAUCCUCACCAUGGGCCCACUGUUUGUCGCUGAGAUUUACUCCAGAUACGAUUACAUGCAGAUCGACGCAGAUGGCAACUUGACCAUCUUGACGAAGAAGAGGAUCCCGAGGCGUGCAUGAGCUCGGUCGAAUUCCUCGUGCUCGGAAAUUCUUGUCAUCUGUCACAAGACACGUUAUCUUUGUUGGAUUCCGGCUAUGAAGCGCACAAACUCUCAAAAGAUGAUGAUGUUGAUCAUCAGUAUGCUUCAGCAUGAGCUUGAAGGAGUAGUCUUCUCCAGUGAUCGGAAUUUCAUCGACGUGUGUACUCUGGCUUUUUUUGCCUCGUGACAUGUUCACAUUUUUGUCGUUGUGAAGUCUUCAGAACAGCUAGAGUUGCGGAGCAUGUACAUGCCCCACGAGAUCGAGACAAGACGGUACAGAAAUCUACUGACUCGUCCCUCCAUGAUUGCGACGAGCUCCGCAGAUCUAGCUCCACGAGCGUUGGUAUCAACUGAACGACUUUGGCCCCGUCCAGUGUGACUGUACAUAUCUUUUCUUCGCCCUCCAUGACCAAGAUUAGAGCUGUAAUUUCUUCGUCAGGAUUCUCUUUGAAUUAGUGUGUAAGGCCCUGGUUGAGUUCUGUAAGUAGUUGUAUACCAAUAUGAAUUGAUGCUCGUCAGCAGCUUCGCCCAAUUUUCAGAAAUUGUAUCUUCUGCAAUUGUUCCAUCUUUCAUGACAACCGAGGUUAUAUAACUGACAUGGAUCACAAUGUUUCCGACAACUCCAUCAGAUAUGAGAUGAUGAUUGCCAUCCCCAGUUGUGUAAAUGCGCAAUAUGAAAAUUUAACUUUCUAACAUCGCAGUUGUGCGGGCAUUUUUAACAUGUACACUUGAAUUCCAAAUGCUGGAACAACGCAUUUGAAACUAUAGCUUCAUC